UGAUGAUGAGGGCGGUGCCGUGCGUUGCGACGUGGCCACGAGAGGGCACACAGCGAGACACUUGCUGACAAAGCGGCGGUGAAGACGGUGGUGGUGGUGCAGCAGCAGCAGUCGGGGGGGGAUAAGUCGCCUCGGUAUUCUUCUUUCGACGUCGGCCUUCUUCUGCGUGGCUCGCUGCCGCUGCGAGCAGAAGCCACGAGAGCCGAGGGCGGUGGCGGGGCUCGAGAUGGCGCGGCAGGUGCGGGAGAAGUCGGCGAACGGUUGUUGAAGAGUUGCGGGCGGGUGCCGGGCAGCCAUGGCGGCUCCGUCCUCAUCGUUGAGACGCGCGGCCCGAGGCUGCAGCGGCGGUGACGAGAGGGGAGGACGAGGUGAGGGAAGGGGGCGACGAGGCGGCGGUGGCCGCGGUGGACGAAGAGGAGUCGAGGGUCGGCGUGGAGAAGUCGGCGAAGGCCUCGGUGGCCGGGCCAGCAAGGCCCAACUCAGCUUCGUGAAGGCCCCGAGCCGCCUCGCUGCCGCCCCCAACGGCCCCCGUCGCCUCGGCCGAACCGCGCCCCCUCCUCGGCCUGUCGUGGCCCCCCUCCACGGCCGCAUCGGGAGCCCCCCUUCGUGGGUGACCUCGCAGUUUCCAGGCGGACUGGGGGGGGACCGUCCUUUGGGAGGCACAGGCCAGUGUGGAAGCCGCAUCCAACAUAGAGCAGUGGCCUCCGUGAGGGCCAUCCCCUCCGGCCGGUUCCUGCCACUGCAGUUCCUCGUUGGCAACAACAGCGGCAUCAACAGCGGCAACAACAACGACAUCCAUCGUUUGCCUGGAGCCCGCAACUCUAAGACCGCCUCUGUUAUCCGUGCAGCAGUCGGCUGUGAAGCUCCUGAGACAUCUACGUCCGAGACGUCUCCGCCCGUGACGUGUGGGGAAUCUCCAUGCGUGAGAUCUCCACGUGUUGCCCCAGAUUUUCAACCAAGGUCUUCGAGUUUCGAGAGGAAUGCUGGGAGCGGACGGUGUAGGAGUUCGGAAAGUGGGCAAAGAAAAACAUGGGAAAACGCUCACUGCAACAACGGUUUAACAAAGGUUCAGUUGACGAGCUUGACAGCAAUUCACGGGACAUUUUCAGAAAACGAUCACGUGAUAAACUCCAAAAAGAGUCACUGUAAAGAUGUUUUAAAUGUCCACUCCAGAGAUUCUGCAAAUGGCCAUGUACUAUUAUCUGACCAAAGUCACUUGAGAAAUUCACAAAACAGUCCCUGCACCAACUUGGAAAACGGUCGCCCCAGAGGUUUGGAAACCGGGGCCUCACAAAGCGGCCACAGAAAUCACGGCGAGCGAGCGUCGGGAGCGUGCGACACGCGGGCGGACGACAGCGGCCUGAGGGUGCUGCUGGACCUGUCGGCGCCCUCCGUGUUGACCCCGGACUACAGCCACCACCUUCCCGCGGACAACCCGGCGGCCAUCGACGUCGGUCGCUCUCCGAGCGGCGCAACGCAACGUUGGGGGGGACGCGGCGAGGGGAAGACGGCGAGGGGGACGACGCUACCGCUGCGGCGGCUGCUGCUGCUGCUGGAUGACCCGGAGGACGACUCGAGCCCCCCCGCGGGGGGCCCCGUGCUGGCCGAGGACACUCCCGAGGAGAUGCGGGUUAGGUCGGGGGUCGCGUUGCGCCGUCGGAGGAGGGGAUGGGCAGCCGGGGGGUGUGUACCGCGGGCGCCACCCAUUCGCGACCUUGGCACCUCACUUCAGGUGGAGGAGGCAGGGGCUGGACAAUACGUCCCAGGUUUUCCAAUCUCAAGGUAUUUACACGGGGAGCAGUCCAUGAUCGGAAAGUGAAGACACCGUGUGGCGACGUUGAUUGAAUUACAAGAUUGAUGCUGCUGCUGUUGCACCAGUGUUGGGCGCAGCAAGGGCAGUUCUCCUGGGAAUCCACGUGGACUGUGAGCGCACCGUCUGGAGAAAGCCGCGAGGGUGAAGCUGCUGCGAUCGCAUUUCAGGUUCUCAAUGAAUCCAUCUGCCUUGUCACCUGAGACUGGGAAACCGCCCGGGGUGGAGUUUGUAGCUUCCUCAACCUUAUUUGACAUAGCUCACUUCAACAUCGCUGGUGGAGCUCCUAUGUUACCGUGCUUCGUAAAUUAAUCUUGUGCUGUGUUAGCACCCAGUGGUGUGGUAUUAGUCGCGGCUUAGGCUCUGCUCGUGGGAAAUCCCGAGCGUGGCUGGGACCACGCUCGGAGCCGACUCAAGUUAAGCACGUGGCUUUGAGCCAUGCCUCACUUGAGCCAGAGCUGAGCUCUGACUCAGAGGCAGGGCUGCCUUGUGGACUGAUAUAAAACCAGACCAUUGAAAGGCUCUACGAUAUUAGUUGCACUUAUUGGACAGGUAAUGCAUCGUUGAAAAUUCAUUACAUGGGCUGUACAAGUAGGUGAUGGCAGGUGCAUUUUAAAAUUCAAAUGCUAUUUUAUAUUUAUAUCAAUGUAAAAUCAUCCCUAUCAGUUUUUCCAUUUGGCCUACGGUUAUACUGGAUCCCAUCAUAGUAAUGUGGAAUUUCCAACGACGAUUAAGGCUGGAGAUGGGCGGGGAGGGGUGGUGCCACCCCAUGGUCAGUGGAGCUGGAAACCGGUUUGAGCACUUUAGGCAAUGACCGAACGGACCAGUUGGUGGCUGUGGUUGAGAAAUAUUUUACAUUGCUGGUGAGAAUGAAAUGGUACCACCCGCAGUUUAUAUUGAACUCUCCGGCUUCCACCAACUAAAGUCUUGCUUGGGAGGUUUCCCGAUUUUAGGAUUAAUCUGCACUUCCUGAAAACGGCCUGAGAUGCAACAUUUUCAGAUGAUCCUAAAUAACAUCACGUGAAGUGACAUCAACACUGCUCUUCCUGCAGAAAGCGGGUGUCAGGUGGCAUCACGUGAUGUCAAGGGAGGAAACGCGUUAUCACAUCAUGGAAACGCGUUAUCACAUCAUGGAAACGGUACGAAAAUACAAACUCACUGCCACUACAGUCGGCACGUGAUUGGUCCGGGGUAAUGUGCAAGGGAUGGCUUUGCUGUGUAAUCCACGCAUUAUUGUUUAACCGUGAAUUAUUGAUGCUUGUGCAGGUAUUUUAUGCACAUGGCCAUCUGGCGGCCCUCACCAGCGCACACCAAGUAGCUUGGGGCAUUACGGUUACAUAACCCGCAUGGCAUGGGGAGGUCACUCAUCCAGCAGUGGCUGGACAAAGGAGCCCUGCAUCUGCACAGAAACACCAGCAGGAAGUGGUGCUCAGCUCCAUGAGAUGAGAAAUUGGUGGAAAUUACACAUUACUAUGACAGGGGCCCAUCCUAUUAGUGUAUCAACCACUUAGAUGGUGCUCGCGAUACACAUGCCAGUGACCAUGGAGAGAUGAUGGGUGGGUUGACUCUGGCUUGGAAUAGAACCUUCAAUCAAUUACAUGAGGUCCUCUGCCUCCCAAUCCAAGUGUUUUCUAAACCUGAAUUAUUGGCAACUCCACACAGAUUCAAAGAGUCAGGAAUGACGCUGCACGUGUAUCUUUUUUUACACUUGUAUUUUUUACCAAAUGUUUAUAAAAUUAUUUUUUUUACGUGAUAAUUCUGUGAUGUGGAUGAGAUUGUUUCACUAUUAAAUUAAGUCGAUGGA